GUUGCAGGUGAGAUAUGGAUAUGACACUCUUCAUUUCCCUUCCUUCUUCAUCACACAUUUCUCAUGAACUUCUUGAAGCUACCACCUCCUCUUCAUCUUCAUCUUCUUCUCAACCACAACCACAGAUCUCUCUCCUUUCACCCCCACACUCACCGCAACCGCACCUUCACGCUACCUUCCUUUUUCCGGCAGAAAUCCACGUCCCCGAAACGUAUCAUAUCUUCAAUUUUACAAACCGGCGAUGGUGUUACAUCUGAUUCAGAUUCAUGUUCAACGGAACAUGAUAAUCUUAGCAGUGUUGUCAGAAUUGUGGCUGUGGUUGGAGAAGGAGCCCUCAGUCCUCUCAAAUCAGCAUCAUGGCUUGAUGUUAUGAUCCACACUGCAGAGAGAUUAAAAUGGGUUGAUGACCAAUAUGAUAUGCUGGUAUUCACAGACAACAUCUCCGAUUCUAAUCAAAACCUUCAAAGGGAGUUAACGACCUCAAACAUAUUGCUGGUUGUUUCCGUCACAAAUCCGGAGCCCGUUGAAUGGAUUCAACGUUACAGCCAGAAAAUCCCAAAUGUAGUCUGUUUUGAUUCAUCACCCGCAUUACAAAACAAACUAGGAGGAUCACUCGUAAACAAGAAAACAAAGGAGACGGCCAAAACUAUAUCGGAAUCAUGGAUCAGGUAUAAUUCCGAUGAUAUAAGGUUCUGUUUGUUACUCAUAAUCAAUUCAUACAUAAAACCAGUUCCAAUUCUGAAGAACUUAAGAGCUCAAGGCUUUUCUACCUUAAAUUGCAUGGUCAAAAACUGUGGAAUUCAGGUUUUGAACUGUCUUUUAGACCCCAACUGUAGGAAAGCUCUUCAAUGCUUGAAUGAAUGCAGCCCAGUUGAUCAAGUAUGCAAUUAUCAAUGUAUAGCUUCGUAUGAAAGCCCGAUUUUGGAGGAAUUUUCCCUUUGUGUAUUGCAGAAACACAAUUGUCUCGAUUUGGAUGCAAAAAUCCCGGAAAAACCGUUCGUUCCACCGAUGGUUAAGUUUCAAGGUGAACCAUUAUCACAUGAAAUAGCCGAAGAUUUGUUUGUUGGUUGGUUAGGGAAAAUGGAGUGGAGUUGGCGGGUUGUUGCGGGCCAGAACCCAGCGUAUGACCAAUUCCCGUGCCAGUACCAGCUUUUCUACCGCGGAAAAGCAAAGGGUUCGUUUUGGUACGAGCCGGUUUUUCAAGUCAAAACGUUGGAUGGUAAGCUUGUUUGGAGGAGACGAAAGUAUAGGGUUAAAAGAGGGAAAGUAGCGGGUACAUUUUAUUUUAGUGUUUUGGAUAAUGGAGUGGUAUCGAAUGAGAGUUGGACAAUUGUGGAUGUUGCCGAUGAUUUGAGCUGGGGUUUGUUUCAUUAUAGCGGGGCUGCGCGAGUUGCAGGGCAGUCGUAUACGGGUGCGGUUUUAGUGAGUCUGGACGGGAAAUACCCAAACGAUAGUGAAAAGGAUGGAUUAUUGUCAGCAUUGGGUAGAUGUUAUAUCAAGGAGUGGGAAUUGUUUGAUGUCGAUAAUUGUUCGUGUAGCGGUCCACCACUCGGACUACCGGAGGGUUCACGUUUGCAUACGACAAUUAACGUCGAUAAUCUCAAGUGAUGAAUCACAAGGGCUGGGCGUUUUCUUGCAUUCGUCCAGGCCAUCUAUGCCCGUUUUCAGCAAGUAAAGGAAGCCCGGGCAUUUUAGGUUCGGGCUUUUGGAACAACAAUCAUCCAACAAAACCCAAAAGCAGCAGAAACUCCAUAAUUCGAUAUGAGCCUCUAUGCCAUAUAAAUCUAUAUUGUUCAUAGUUUUAAUUUUUGUUAUACUACGAUGUAAUUCAUGAUCCAUCUCAUUUGCAUGUUUGGAAAUUUACUGCAGAAAACGACUUAUUUUUUCGAGACAUCUAAGUCAUACAAGUAAAAAGAUCUAUUUAGAGAUAAAAAA